AUACUUUUUCUUUUGUUCAAGGGGGGCGUGGGAAAGUCAACUGUAGCAGUCAAUUUAGCAUACGAACUCGCCCGGAUGGGUGGACGCGUCGGUCUUUUGGAUAUUGACAUAUACGGACCCUCUUUGCCUUUACUGAUACACCCUAAGGAUGUUACUGUGCGGCGAUCCCCAAAAGGUACCGGGAUGGUAUAUCCCAUUGAACACAAGGGGGUGAAAGCCUUGUCACUUGGCUUUGUGGCCAAAGACUCCGGCGUUCCCGGAAGCGGUCCGAACAAAAAUGGAGCCGCCAUCAUGAGAGGACCGCUCGCGGGCAAAGUAGUUUCCCAAUUAUUGAAAGGAACUGACUGGGGAGAUUUGGACGUCUUGGUCCUCGAUAUGCCUCCGGGAACCGGCGACGUUCAAAUCGGGGUUCUUCAGGAUCUGCAACUAAGUGGCGCUGUGGCGGUCACCACCCCAUCGAAGCUUGCCUUGUCGGACACUCAAAAAGGAAUCGAAAUGUUUACCUCCAUGGGUGUACCCACCCUUUCGGUCGUUGAAAAUAUGUCC